GUUACUACUAUGAUUCUAAAAUGUGCCUUGGAUCGUAUUUAACGAAACACAUUUUCCAGGUAAGAAGUAUUUUGUUUUGUCCAAGACUUUGGCAACUAGAAAUCAACUGAAAGUGAUUACUUAACUUCAUCACUAUAACAAAUCUCGAUUGCUACAUCAUAAACCCUAGAUCAACCAUUGCCAUUACCAUUCCCGGCGCCAAUGCCGAUGCCUUCAUCUAGAAAGUUCUUCCAAGCUCGUCCUCAAUCUAACCUGCUUCGGAGAUCGGUCGUACUAACACUCUGUUUCGUCAUCGGAAUCGCCGGUUUAUUAUCGUUCGCCGUCGUCGUUUCAAGAGGACGAAUCGGAGGAGGCGAUAAAUGUAACUACAGCAAACCUCUAUCGGUGUCUGUCGUGUGGGAUAAAAGCGGUGGUUCCACCGGAGGGUUGGUGUCUGACGGAGAUCGGAAGCGGCAUAAGGUGAUGGGAUUCGUCGGAAUUCAGACCGGUUUUGGAUCGGUUGGUCGACGGCAGUCGUUGCGGAAGACUUGGAUGCCUUCCGAUCACCAAGGCCUUCAACGCUUGGAAGAGGCCACCGGCUUAGCCUUCAGGUUUAUCAUCGGCAAAACCGACGAUGCGUCAAAAAUGGCGGAGCUGAGGAAAGAGGCGGCGGAAUACGACGACUUCUUGAUGUUGGAUAUUAUGGAGGAGUACAGUAAGCUCCCAUACAAAACGUUAGCCUUCUUCAAAGCUGCCUUUGCACUCUAUGAUUCUGAAUUUUAUGUUAAAGCUGAUGACGACAUAUAUUUAAGACCAGAUCGGCUCUCGUUGCUCUUGGCUAAAGAGCGUCCUCACUCACAAACUUAUCUUGGAUGCAUGAAGAAAGGUCCCGUGUUCACUGACCCAAAACUCAAGUGGUAUGAACCUCUAGGGUAUAUGCUUGGGUCGGAAUACUUUCUUCAUGCUUAUGGGUCCAAUUUAUGCUCUCUCUGCAGAUGUUGUUGCAAGCUUGGUUGCUCUAAGAAACAACAGUUUCCGGAUGUUCAGCAAUGAGGAUGUUACUAUCGGUGCAUGGAUGCUUGCAAUGAAUGUCAACCAUGAGGACAAUCGUCAACUUUGCCAAACUGAAUGUACACCAACGUCUAUAGCUGUGUGGGAUCUCCCCAAGUGUUCAGGGCUUUGUAAUCCUGAAAAGAAAAUGUUGGAACUUCAUCAAAAGGAAAGCUGUGCAAACAGCCCGACUUUGCCAGCUGAAGAAGAAGACUAGCAUCAGGUUUUUUACUCUUUUGAGGAAAAUAUAGCACAGCCUUAGAUAAAGUUUUUUCUGUUUGUAUCUCAUUCUUUUGUUAUAUACAAACCUAAUCAAUGUUAGUUUUGAAGGGGAAAAGUUUGUGAUGUAACGUUUACAAGACAAUGAGGAGAGUAUGUCUAACUCAUAUAUCAUUUAUGUAAUUAGUGAUUGUUUUUGCUCUGGUUGUACGACCCUAUAAGUUCAAAUGACAUUUGUAGUGAUGUUAGUGAAUUAUGUCGUUCUCCUUAAACAUUUGAUUAUAAACAAACAUGUUUUCUAAAAACAGAAAUUGAAAAGUCAAACUAUAGAGUUUUUGUCAUGGCUUAGUUACACAAAGAAUUGUAAAUCUUUCAUGUUAAUAAAACAAAUAUAAACUGUAUUGAGCUUGUUAGCUAUCAGCAAGAUCCUCAACAAGUUUUUUUUCACUCUCCACUCUGGGUAAUCCCACCUUACCCUUAGCAGAUACAUUCUCACUCAUCAAUUUAUUAGCACUAGCAAUUGGUUUAGUUGAAGAUUUGACAUCAGGGGUUUUGGCAUCUGAACACUUUUCAUCAGACUGAGAGUUCCUUGUUUUAGAAGAAGAUGUGGUUUCAGAUUCGGAGGAGUUGGUUUCAGAAGAAUUAUUUUCAGUUAAUCUUGUUGGUUUAUUCAAUGCAUGGUAAUGGUGGUGUGCCAUUGGAGAUCUCAUAUUAGGGCUGUUAAGACAUGAAGAAUUUUCAUCCAAAUUCUUUGGUUUAUUCAACGCAUGGCAGUGUGGACAAUAGUAAGUAAUCACAAGAAAAUCUUCCUUCCUUGCAAGACCUGCGAUUAAGCCAUUAUUAUGUUGUUAAUGUAUUUACAUGAAAGC